AUGCUUAUUUCCAGGAUCGUAGGAAGUGUCUUGUUGUUACGGGUAGCCAGCGUUUGUGGAGAGAGUACAAUGGCAACUAGUGGCAAAGUGUGCAACACGCGCCGUAUGCGAUACUUAUCACAAUCUGAAGCAGCAGACUUGGACAAGGAUUUAUUCGAAGAAUAUAAAUUCAGUGUAGAUCAGCUAAUGGAGCUUGCAGGUCUAAGCGUAGCGUCUGCGGUGGCUCGUGUCUUUCCACCAACUACGCAUCAAUCUGCUCUUGUAGUAUGUGGACCUGGAAACAAUGGUGGUGAUGGUCUAGUUGCAGCCCGCCACUUGACUUUAUUUGGCUACAAUGUUUCAGUGUACUACCCAAAACGAACACCUAAACCUUUAUAUGACAAUCUACUUCACCAAUGUGUACAGUUUGGAGUUGAUGUCAUCACAACAUUACCAAAAGCACCAGAGAUACGUAAUGACUACAAUCUGCUUGUGGAUGCACUUUUUGGGUUUAGUUUUAAACCACCAGUACGCGAUGAGUUAAAACCUGCUAUGGAUAUUCUUAUUGAUGCCAAUUUGCCAGUUUGCAGUGUGGAUAUCCCCAGUGGUUGGAAUGUGGAAACGGGACCUCCUAAUGUGAGAGCACUUAAGCCAGCUCUUCUGAUAUCACUAUCAGCUCCAAAGAAAUGUGCCAAACCAGAAUAUUUAGAAAUGCAAAGCAUUUUCUUGACUACAAUGUUCGAAGCACGCCUCCUACGUAGUUCCAUUUUAAAGAAGGUGUUAGAAGCCAUCAAGGAUCUUCUUACACAAGCUACAUUUGAUUGUGACGACAAUGGUAUCCAGCUGCAGGCCAUGGAUAACUCCCACGUGUCACUUGUAUCACUUUCUUUGAGAGCUGAUGGCUUUGACAAAUAUAGGUGUGAUAGAAAUAUUUCCAUGGGCAUGAACUUGGGAAGUAUGUCAAAGAUUCUGAAAGUGUGCUGGGUGAUUAAGGACACAGUCAACAAUCAAAGCUCAGAUAAUGCAGAUACAGUUACAUUGUGUGUUUGA